CAUACAUAUAAAAUAUAGAGAGAUUUCUGUAGAAUAAAUAUAUGUUGGAAUAUUCCUUUAGUGAAAAGAUAAAAGUGAAAAUGAGUACACAAGGAAUGACUGUGACUAUAAGCUAUAUCAUGUUCACCAUCAGAUUAAAGCUACUCGUUUAUAGAUGGAGUUAAUACUUUAAGUAUACUCAUUUUUUCGUAGCAUAGAGACACGAGAAAACCGGGAUCGAACAAUCAUUUUAUAAAUGUCAAAUAUUGGAUUAUGUUCUUAAUUUUGCAAUAUAGAUUUGUACCGUGCUGGGAUAGGUCAGUGUUAUACAUCACUGUAUACAUAUAAACACACAAGUUGAAAGGACUUUGAAAUAUUAUUAUUUUACUUUUAAAAAACAGGAUUUUGAACAAGUCUCUUAGAAAUGUUUAUUGGAGAAGGGUAGAAGGAUGGAUGCUAUUUGUUGUACCAUGGGGUCGAAGAAAAACCUGUGUAACAACGCUAUAUCAUUGUAUAUUGUUUAUAUAAUAUGUAUACCAUUCUUGGUUACUUCCUUCCUGUGGGACCAAACAGAGAAAAGUGAUAUUUCAACGGAAACGCAUAACAUGUAUGAAAACUAUGAAAACAUAACUUAUGACGCUGUAACGACGAAAUCUAACGAAUUUAUAGAACUACAGUCAGGGAAGCUACCAGGGUGGCAAAAUAGAAGUCGCUUGAACUUUUCAGAGAUGUCGGACUCGAAAUUCACGCCAUUCCGCCAGGUCAUGACGCAGCUGGAAUAUGAAAUUUUGAUGGGUUUAUUGAGAAAAUUAAAGCAACUCUGUGAUGAAAAUGGUUUAACAUAUAUGUUAUGUGGCGGAUCAGUGCUUGGAACCUACCGACACGCCGGAUUUGUCCCCUGGGAUGAUGACGUCGAUGUAUGGUUGGACUUGAGGCAGAUGGAAAAGGCAAGAACUAUUCUAAACAACACUGCAGGCAUAAUGUUGCACCAGUCAGCAUACACGAAAAAUUUAUGGAAAAUGUCAAACGGGUCGAAGAAACUAAAUAAAACACGGGAAAACCAAGAUCCAAGAUUUCCUUACAUAGAUGUAUACUUUUUUACUGGCAAUGCAACACAUAUAUAUGAUUCGGAAGACAGUCUAAAAGAAAAAACUACUCUUUUAAUUGAUGAUGUUUUCCCAGUAAGAAAAGUAUUAUAUGAGGACGAAGAGUUUUGUGUACCUAACAAAAUGUUGAAAAUGAUAGAAAGGAUGUACGGCAGGUCUGAUAUAUGUACCUCACAGGAUUUUACACAUUUAUUUUAUAUAGAAAUUAAAAAUGUAGUAUCCGUCCCAUGUGAACAUCUAUAUUAUUAUUACCCGUUUGUCACAAGAUCUUACUACAACAGUACGCUAAUAGAAACAUUGGGUUUCUUAAAUAAAACAAUUAGGAAAACGAUUUCAAAUGUUAUAACUGAAAAUGAGCAAACAAACAAAUCUAUGUUACCACAUAGAAGCUUAGAUACAUGACCAUAUAAUAUGCGAAUAUAAAAUAAAAUAACAAUUUGGUGUAACACGACGUGAAAUAGAACUUUAAUUGGUAAUACCGCUUAGUACGGCACGAUAUAAAGUCGGCGUUCUCGACUGAAAAAACAUAUCUUUACAGCCAAACAUAAAGGUAGAAGCAACGCUUUUCAAGACUAAAUGAAAUUGAUAAGAAUACUGGCAUAGAUGAAAAAACGUAUUAAUAACAUAUAAGUAUCUAGAAAUCAAGAACUCAGACACAUUAGAUGUUUUCAAAAAGAAAUUGAAAACUCAUUAGUUUGGAAAUUACUUUGCACUCUUUUAGAGACUGUGACUAUUAUUUUUAAGAUAUUGUGGUAACAUGAACUGGAUGAUUUUUAUUGUGUAAAGUCAUUCGAAUAUGAACAAUUUUAUCACAAAACAAGUAUACAGUUGUUUGUAAUAACUUAUGGACAUGUCACAAUAACUCAUUUCUACUUACUUACUUACUAACAAAACAGCUGUCUUACAGUAUCUUAAUAUUCUAAUAUUUUAUUAAUCUUAUCUGAUGCCUGAUCUUUUGUUUAAUACUUACUAAAUAAUUUAUUCACAGUGAUAUUUAUGCUCAUUUAUUUCAUACAUCUUUAAAAUGUCUUAACUUUUAGACGUAAUUUUUUUAUGUGUUUGUAAAACGCCACUGAACAUGUUUUACGUAAAAAUAGGCGUAUCAAAUGAAACAGAUUCAGUUUUUUCAGUUUUAUAAGUUGUUUGAUCUGAUUUGACAUUGUGCCCAUCUGAGAGAAACAUAUUUAAAUGCAAUACUGAACUGUUGAUGUAAAGCAUUAACAUUUUAAUCUGCAAUUUUGAACAGAUACAUUUAAUAUGCAAUUCUAAACAUUUACAUUUUAAUCUGCAAUUCUAAACAUUUACAUUUUAAUCUGCAAUUCUAAACAUUUACAUUUUAAUCUGCAAUGCUAUACAGUUACGUUUAAUUCUGCAAUGUUGAACAGUGACAUUAAUUUUAAUAUAAAAGAAAAAAAAAGUUACAAAGUUUCAAUGUUGAACAGUAACAUUUGAACCUGCAAUUGAACGGUAACAUUACAAUCUACAACAGUAACAUUGCAAUCUACAACAGUAAUAUUACAAUCUACAACAGUAACAUUACAAUCUACAACAGUAACAUUGCAAUCUGCAAUAUUCAACAGUUACGUUUUACUCUGCAAUACUGAAAGUAACAUAAUUUUGUGCUGUAUUAACAAUACCAUUUUAAUCUGCAAAUGCAAUACUGAUUAGCAAAAUUUUAAUCUACAGAUGAAAGCUUCAUGCUAACAUUUUAAUCUGCAAAUGUAAUACUGAACAUCUGUAUUUUAUAUACAGUAUGGAAUAGUGACAGUUUAAUCAGAAAUAUUUCAAUUUGCAAUGCUGAACAGUAACAUUAGUAACAAUUUCACACACAGAAACAGAGGUCUAGGUUUUGUAUACAACGCCAGUCAGCUGAAGAUCAUAUAUAGCAUGCCAAACUCGCGACAUAAUAUUGAAUUGUAUUUUAGGCCUAAAAAAAUUCUUUGUUUCCGGUAACAUGCUAAAAAAAAUUAGGGUAGGUAGGUCGGAAUUUUUUUUUUUUUUUUGGAUUUUUUUUUAUUAAGGGAGACUUUUCGGAAAUUAUUUUGUGUCAAAAAAUGAAUGUAAAUAAGGGGGUAAUGCUUUCAGUGCAUCAGUAAGUUGAUUUCUAACAUCACUUAACAUGUUUAAAGCAUAAAAAGUGCAGUUUUGCAACUUUUUGUUUAAAUGUUGAAAAAAAAAUAUUCUCCAAGGCCAUAAAAACAUUUUUACGUCUUACAGAUAAAAACUUGCAUGAUGUUGACGUAAAUAUGCGUUUUUGAUAUGCUUGGAAGACACUUUGACUGAGAUCUUAAUCCAAUGUCUUAGGUCAAUAUUGCUUUUAGGCAGAGCAUCAAAAGUACAUAUUGACCGAAAGUUAAGUCUACAUUAGUAAUAUCAUGUAUUCACAAGGAACUGUUGGGGUUUUCUUGCGUGUAAAUGUUCAUUGUUUUUUUUUUCUAUUUCUUGGUCAGACACAAACUCGUAAAAUUUUCUAUUUGUCAGAUCGAAUCAUUUUUGUAGUCCUGUACGUAAAAUGUUCUUGGCAAACCAAAACAGUGUAUUAUAAUGUUUUGUUUUGUUUUACGGACUGGUAUAUAUAGGAUAUCAAAGUUUAAAUUAUUUAGUCUGGAUGUUACACAGGGAGUGUUAUAUUCCUAAUGUUUAAAACAGUUUUAUUUAUAGUUCACCAGUAUUUGUUAAACGUAUAGCCGUAGUUUAUUCAAUUUCAGUUUUUCUACUGUAGCACUAAGCACCAGGUGUUAAUGAUUUUAGAUACAUUUAUGUCACAUUUCUUGUAUAUGGCGGGUAAAAACUGCUGUA